UUUGGCGCCAAGAACGAAUGUCAACAACACCAAAAGGAGAUGGGAAUCGUUUUCUAAAUUUGAAUAUGAGUUUGUGAUCCAGACAAAAGCAAUAGAAACUACAAGCAAGAACCAGGCUUCCUCCAUACUAGCCAGACAAAACCUUGUGCUUAGAGCAAUGGCAGAUGAGGAUUUGGAUAUUGAAACAUUAACAGCGUUGCUUGAGGAUGAUUCUGAUGACGAGGAGAUUCAACAGGAGACAAAUAAAUCAGACAAAAAUCAAGAUUCUAAUGAUGAAUCUGACAUAGCAACAUUGGCAGCUUUUCUAGAAGAUUCCGACAGUGAUGAAGAUGCCCAAGAAAGUGGAAAACCCUGUACUGCAAAAGGUGACGUUGAAUCAUCAAAGGACACCAAUGGAAGCCAAACAAAUGUACAGGAGAAUGUGGCUGUCAACCCAACAUCUCCCGUGCAGUCCGCUGAAAACAUGAAUGCCUUACAGAAUCAAAUAUUGAUGAUGCAAAAACAGAUGGAACAAAUGCAGAAAUUGUUAUUGCAACAACAGUCACCGAGUAGUCAAGGGGAAGUAACUCCAAAUGCCAAAUCAGUACCCAAUCUGCCCAAAACGAAGCAAAGUCUUACAAGCAGUGUUCCUGGAAAGUCGUCUACAAUUCAUACAAGAGAUAGUCCUGGUAAUAAAGUAUCCAGGUCGAGUUCUACAAACAUUUUAGCAAGGAAGUCUCCUAUAUCUCAACUAAAAGAAAAACAUGGUUCGAAAGAAAUCAAGUCCACCCGAUCACCACAACAUAAGGCUGCCAAGAUAUCUUCAUCAUCUAAUACCUCUAAACCGAAACAAACAUCAAAGAAAGAAUCUUCAGAGCAGGAACACAACCCUUUUUUUGGCGAGUCAGAAAAAUCUCCUACCGAGGAGAAGAAAACACCUCCUGUCCAUGUGAAAGUGAAGUCUCCAUCAGAUACGAUUAAAUUAUCAGAGGCGCUCAAAAGGAAGGAGCAAGAGAAAUCACUGUUCGGGGACGAUAGUGAUAGUGACUGGGAAGGGCUCGAUGGAGAAGAGAAAGGUAGAUUAAGCGUUGAAGGAAAUGAGCUGAGAAAACUCCUGCAUCAUGGUGAGAAAGGUCGGGUGUCCAAUGCCUCAAAACAGGACGUUGAAGAACUGAGGAAAAGAGCAGCUAAGACGUCUUGGAAAGAUCGCAGUCAUCAACAGCCGGAAGUGACCAGUAAGAUUGGCACACCAGUUACGAAGUCCAGUAAGGAGAAUGACGUGCCCUCUGUUACAGAUCCAUCCUCGGGUAUACGUUUGAUAAAUCCAAAAGUGUCGUCUACAGAUAUGAAGUACAAAAUGGCUGACCGCAACCUGGUCAAAGUGUCACGGAUAGCCACUCAAGUUGGUACUUCUAAACUACAGGGAAACUGGGUAACCAUAGCAGUGGUGGUCAGUAAGACUGAGUCCCGGACGUCAGCCGCUGGUAAGACUUACUGUAUCUGGAAGCUGAGUGACCUGGAGGACUGUGAUAAGACCGUCAGUUUCUUCCUGUUUGGUGAGGUAUACAAGCAGCACUGGAAGAACUCGGUGGGUACGGUGGCUGGUAUCCUAAAUCCAAGCAUCAUGGACAAAGCAGAGAAGGUUCAACAGGACUUGGCAUUUACUGUGAACCAUCCCCAACAGCUGCUGGUGAUGGGCCAGUCUAAGGACCUGGGGCGCUGUACUGGGGUCAGCAAGGCGGGCAAACCCUGCACCAAGUUUAUCAACAAACAACAUGGCGACAGGUGUACGUACCAUGUACAGUCUGCCUACAAGAAGACGUCGUCACACCGCUCAGAGCUCCAGGGCAGUUUCACAGGUAUGACACCGAAAGCACACGCAUGGAACCAAAACAAGAAAAUAUCAAGUUCCUUUUUCUUUUACCAAGGAGAGACUUUUACAGAUUUGAGACCUCCAGCAAAUAAGAAUGACAAAGUGACGCUGAACAAACUGUCAGAGAAACAAGCGGUUCAAGGUAAAGGGAAGGUGACCACUAUGUCACUACACAAUCUGGAGCCAGAGGACCAGAAGCGGCUCAAGGACCUCAAGGAUAACAAGAGUGAAUUUGUCGACUUGCUGACAACCCCCUCAGUGGGUGCCAUGAACUUUGUCAAACACUUAGUCAAAGAGGAAAAAUAUGUUAAAGACACUGGUGGGAACAAUGCGUUAAUUCAGUCUAUCACACCGAAGGAACUGUUGCAGCAGCAUAAGCUGGCAGCGAAGGAGAGGAAGCGACAACUGGCCCAGGGUCGCACCCUCAACCCUCUGGAAGCUGUCCCGACUCUAGGCAAGGGGUUCUCACCAGGCAGUGAUAUCUCACUGGAGGUCUCAUUUCCGCGAGGAAAAUCAGUGGGGAUCAAAAUGGACCUUGCCAAGAAAAAAGCCAUUGCCAAGAUCCACGUGAGUGGGGGAAUCAAUAAGGAUGACCCAAAUGCUGUCAAGAAGAAAAUUCGCUCACCUGAAUCCAAUACCCAGGUCAGGAAGAGGGUUGCAGAAAAUAUGGAUUCCACUGACAAAGCAAAAGAUGGUAGUUGUAUCCAGGAGCCGCCUAGAAAACGCUCCAAACUUCUAGGGAAUAUAGAUGUGAACUCAGAGGAGUUCAAACAAUUGAUGAAAGUACGCUCAAAGCACAAGGGCGCCUUGGCUGAGGUGGAAGCUGAACAUGAGGAGAGGUAUUUCAUGGCGAUGGAGAAGAAAGAAAAAUAUGAGGACAAGAUGUCCUCAAUUAUGGAAAUGAAAUGUAAAGUAUUCACUUGUGUUCAGUGUAAUUAUACAGCAUUUAAACCAGGUGACUCAUGCAAAGAAAAUGGACACACAAUAAAGACAGUUGAAACAAAGAAGCGGUUCUUUAAGUGUAAAAAAUGUAGCCAUCGAGCUACCUCUAUUCACAAGUAUCCAACUGCACCAUGUAGAAACUGUGGAGAACAAAGUUUUGAAAGAACAUCUAUGUAUCAGGAAAAGAAAAUGAAAACACCGUCCGAGGAACUUUGUAUACGAGGUGAUGAGAUCAAAUACCUUGGAUCUAUGCAGGAAAAAUCCUUCCUUAACAUAUAAAAUGGUGAUGUAAGCAAAUGUUGACAGAAGAUUGGAUAAUUAUCUACUAAUGAUAUUUUGUGCUGGCACAGAUUGUCUUAAUUGUUUGUAUAAAGAAAAAUAAUAAAAUGUACAAUAUU